AUGCAGAAAGAAUUAUUACCCUUGUACGAACUCAACCGUGGCGAUGCCGUUACGAUCGCCAUCACUGCUGGCGGCAAAGUGAUGGGACCUAUGGCAGUAGGAGUGACGCUGAUGUCCUCCCAAGAAAUGGUAGCGAACAAGUUUGAGGGCAAGGGCGUUCAGAUUUUGCACCUUUACCGGGACCUUUUGUGGGAGUUCGGAUCUCGCCUUGCUCCGCCUGUGCAUGAGCUCGUGAACGUUUUCAAUCCCUCAGAAGCAAAGCCUGCGACAUCCGAUGCAAAUGAUUUCCCUCCACUUGGCUCUCUUUCUGUCAGAGAUGGUCAAGUGGACGCUGCUGUGCAUGAUCCUCCUCAUGCUUCCGAUGGGCAAGAGGCGGAACACAUUGAUGAUGAUGCUAGUAAGGAAGAGCAGCAGCCAGAGGAACCAAUGGAUGAUCUCGUAAGUUGUGUUGUAAUCUGCUCCACGACGAAGGCGGUUGCCCUUCAAGGUUGAAA